AUGAUUCAUUUAUUAACUGCGGCUGUCUUCGCGAUUCUCAGUUUUUCAUCUUUAGUUUGGUCUCAAACACUCACCAAUUCCACCUCUUGUCCCAUGGAUUUCAACUACGUCCGCCAAAUCCAGUGGCCAACCGCCGACUGCCGCCCCUCCGGCGACCCAACCAAAACCAUCACCAAUUCCACUAAUUGUUGUCAAACACUGCUUAGCGUCUUCGGCAUCAGUUUAGCUCAACACCUCAAAGACACCUCUCAAUUUCAUCUCCGUGAUCUCAAAACGUCCUCGUCUUGUCUCUCGGAUUUUCAGAAGAAACUCACCUCUCUUUCCCUCCCCAGUAAUCUCGUUUCCUCUUGUUUUGACCCUAUGCAGUUUGUCAUUUCGUUGAAUACCUGUGCUGGAAUUCAGACCCUCCAAGAUUGGCGCCAAAAGUUGGGGAAUGAAACAAUUCUUGAUUCUUCGUGUCGGGAUGAUCUCUCUGAUCUUACUGCCUGUGAUGCUUGUGGUUAUGCUGCGUUAACGGUUCAAAAAGAACUCGUGUCGAUAGAUGGUAACGCUUCUCAUUCAAAUAACUGUUUUUACUUCAUUGUUCUUUAUGGUGCUGGUAUACUCAAUGAGUUCGGGCCUGAAAGUAAUUCUGCUGUAACUUGUAACUUUGAUAUUAACAUUCUACCUAAAUCCCAUAAAAAUGGUCGUUCCUCUUUGAUAUAUGGAUUGGUUGGAGGACUUGUUGCCGUGGUAGUAAUCUUUUGUUUGGUGGGGUUAUGCUUUUGGUGGGAUAGGAAGAAGAAAAAGCAAAAGAUCGGUGAAUCAGGAACUAAUCCAUUUGAAUCACGUUUGCCAAGACGACGUCCAAACACUGGUUCUGUAUGGUUCAAGCUUUCUGACCUUGAGAAGGCAACCAAUAACUUCUCCAUAAACAAUUUAAUCGGUAGAGAUGCCAAUAUGAGAGCUCGAGUGGCAGAUUUCGGAUUAGCCAAGCAAAGUAGAGAAGGGCAAUCACAUCUGACCACUAGAGUUGCGGGAACCCAUGGAUAUUUAGCGCCAGAAUAUGCCAUCUACGGCCAAUUGACUGAGAAAAGCGACGUCUACAGCUUUGGGAUUGUGAUAUUGGAGAUUAUGUGCCGGAGAAAAGCUCUCGACUUGUCUUGCUUAGACUCGCAUCUUUUGAUUACUGACUGGGCUUGGUCACUUACAAAGGAAGGGAAUGUCGGGCUGGUUUUGGAUCAUUCGUUGGGAGAUGCCAUGAGUUCGGAGACUAUGAACCCUACAGGGGAUAUGGUGAGAUUUGUGCUUGUUGGAAUUUUGUGUGCUCAUGCAACUGUUGCUUUUAGGCCUACAAUUAUGGAGGCAUUAAAGAUGUUGGAAGGAGAUAUUGAAGUGCCGGUUAUUCCUGAUCGACCUAUUAGCACGUAUUCUAUUUAG